CAGUCUACUUUCAACUAUCGAUUUAAAAAGGAAUCAAUUAAGAAAUCGAGAUAAAAAUAAUCAGAGAAGAAAAAAAAGAAAAGUUAAAAUUAUUAAAAAGCACAGUUCAUAAUGGUUGUCGAUAUAAAGUUAUGUAAAGAAGAUGGAAAACCAUUUGGAUUUCGUUUGAUUGGUGGUGCUGAUUUUGAAAUCCCUUUAACUUGCUCAAGAGUGAUUGAAGGCAGCACAGCCGGGUUGUCUGGAUUGCAGGAAGGGGAUGUGGUGGUUAGAAUUAAUGAUAAGCCAACCAUAAAUAUGACUCAUGAAGAUGCACAUUUUGAACUGGUAGCAGCUGGAAAUGAAUUUACUCUUGGGGUCUUGAGAGCUACGAAUGUCUUGCCCGAGGUCGAUAUAAUUGUUGAAGAAGCACCAACUGUGACAACUGUUGCGCCCACUGAGAUUGAAGUUCAGAAAGAGCAAGCAAGAAUUGAUAAAAUUAUUCCGGAUGCUUCGGUCACUGAUGAAGAAAUUGCUGAACUGCUCUCCGGGGAAGCUGAAGUUUUAAAAGGACAUGGUGUGCUUGGCGUCAACUUUAAGAAAAUGAUGCCAAAGGCGGGUGUUUUCAAGCAAAGUGAAGUUUUUCAAGUCCUCAACGACGAACAACUUAAAACGAAGGCAGAGAGGGAGCGUGAAGAAAAGCAUCAAUGGACUACAUUCUUACAGAAACCGAAACGUCCACCCCCUCUCCGUGCAACUCAACACACACUCACAAACACUUACAAACCAUUGAUUGUGAAGCAGCCAAAACCGAAGUGUGCGCCCGAUUACCGAGAAGCGACACCAGAGCCGCCUCAGGUUGAAGUUAAAGAACAAAUUGAGCAUCUCUCCGAAAGUGUCACUGAACAAAAAACAGAAAUUGUUGAACAAAAUGAUGUUCAAGACCAGGUUGAAUGUCAAUUCUACGAAGCGGAGGUGUCGUCGCAAACUGUCGUCACAACGACGACGACGACAACAACAUCAUGUGAAGAGGUUGUGACAUUCGAGGAACUUGCUGCUGAUGCAACAGGUGAAUCAGUUAAUGAGGUUCUGGUUGAAGAAGAGGUCAAGAGUGAAGAAGUUAGCGUUCUCAGUUCCGCAUUCGCUGAGCAGCUUGCUAAUGUUCAAAGUCAAUUGAUGGCAUUGAGUCAUUUGCCAAAAACUAUUCAAUCGACCCUCGAUGAUAUAACGAAGCAGCUUCAAUCAUUGAUUCCACCAUCAAAGCUUAAGCAAACAUCAAUUGAACCUGAAAAAAAAGUUGAUGAGAAAGAAGAAGAAAUAAAUGUGACAAGUGAAGACAUUCAAGUUCAUGUUGACGAAUCGACCGAAACAAAAAUUGAGAUGACAUGUGAAACAAUACAUAUUGUGGAAACAACUACUGAAACAAUUCAAAGCGAACAAAAACAACCAUCAGAAUGUGAAGAAUCGAUUUCCUUCUUAUCACAAAAAGAAAUCGAAGAUUACGAAGAAUGUCAAAUGAAGUUCCGUGAGCUUUGGGAAAGAAAGCGUGAAAAAAAGUUACGUUGCAGUAUUGGACCCUGGGCAAUAAAAGCUGUAAGAGAAGUGGAAGAUCCAAACUGCGUGAAGACACAGGAGCCGAAAGAUGCUAAAACUGAGUUAUCGGCCGAGUUAAAACAGAAAGUUACCGAAGAUAGAAACAUGAAGCAAAAGAAAGCGAAAGGAUUUCGUGGUUUACAACCACAAGAACGUCCAAUCACUUUACCUGGUGGUAGAAAGUGGCGAAACGCUAAGGAUGCAAUGAACGAAGAAAUGAUAGCCGAGAUUAUAUCGUCACAAGCCGAGCUCAUUAUGGGUUCAACAUUAGGAGUAAACUUCUUAAAAUAUCAAAAGCCUGAGAAAGAUUUAAGCUUUUUGAAAAACUCGGAAACUUAUCGGACGAUCCAUCAUUUAGCACCUGCGGAAAAUGGCAUCGAGAAAAGACCUGCAGUUGUUGCAGCUGAAGAAGACAUGUUAAAAUGUUCGUCACCAAAUCCAUUAAACCAGAAUUCGUCAUAAAUCAAUCAUGUAUCGAAACCAUAAGAGAACAUUUUUCUUCUGAAGCAAAGUCAACAUUCUCCUUCUCUUCAUACUUACUUUCCUUCUUUUAACUAACUAAUCAUUUUAUGUUACUCACGAAGCUCCAUCGAGUAUCAUUACAUCGAGUGUUUGCUUCAUUUUUAUCAACAGCAAGAAUAAAUAUUUUCACUUCUCAUAUUGACGAAUGCAGUGUUGUUUACAUAUUUAGAACUGCUAAACGAUAUUGAAAAUUGUUAUGUAUUGUAAAUACUUACUUGAUGUUAAAUAAAAUUUUACGGAAAAAAUAAUCAAAAAGGCAAACAACAA